CCGGCCCACGGGCCUUCUGGGGCCUGGUCCGGCCCGCCGGUUGUGUGAAGACAGGGGCCCGGUGCGGCCCGGCGGAGGGCGAGCGGAGGGGAGGGGCCUCGUCCGGCCCGGCCGGUGCGAAAGAACUGGGGCUCCGGCCCGGCGCCGCCGCCGCCGCCGCGAUGGCCCAGCAGCAGAUGACCAGCUCGCAGAAGGCCCUGAUGCUCGAGCUGAAAUCCCUGCAGGAGGAGCCGGUGGAGGGCUUCCGGAUCACCCUGGUGGAUGAGUCCGACCUCUACAACUGGGAGGUUGCCAUCUUCGGACCCCCCAACACCCUCUACGAAGGCGGCUACUUCAAGGCGCAUAUUAAAUUUCCUAUUGACUACCCAUAUUCACCACCUACCUUCAGAUUCUUGACCAAAAUGUGGCACCCCAACAUUUAUGAGAAUGGAGAUGUAUGCAUUUCAAUUCUUCAUCCGCCUGUAGAUGACCCACAGAGUGGAGAACUGCCCUCUGAAAGGUGGAAUCCUACUCAGAAUGUCAGGACUAUCCUGUUAAGUGUAAUCUCAUUGCUCAAUGAGCCCAACACCUUCUCCCCAGCCAAUGUGGAUGCUUCAGUUAUGUUCAGGAAAUGGAGGGACAGUAAAGGAAAAGACAAAGAAUAUGCUGAAAUCAUUAGGAAACAGGUUUCAGCCACUAAAGCCGAAGCAGAAAAGGAUGGAGUGAAGGUCCCCACAACCCUGGCGGAAUACUGCAUCAAAACUAAAGUGCCUUCCAAUGACAACAGCUCAGAUUUGCUUUAUGACGACUUGUACGACGACGACAUUGAUGAUGAAGAUGAGGAGGAGGAAGAUGCCGACUGCUAUGAUGAUGAUGAUUCUGGGAAUGAGGAGUCGUGACGUGCUCCUUCAGUGUCCCGUACUGCCCUGCCGUCUCAGGCCAAAGGGAGGGGAGCAAGUGGGGACCUAGCAGUGGCCCCUCAGCAAAAACCUAUCACCGGGGGUGGGAAAAACAAACACGGCUCCUGCUGACUCCCCUUAUGGAUCUCAGUUUGCUCCUUUUUAUGGACCUCUUAAUGGGAGAGAAAGUAUCCUCCACAGAAUGUCUGAAUUCUUGCAUUCUUUACCCUUCCAUCACUGUAUUGAUUCUUUUUUUCUUCUUCUUUAAACCCAAACUCUCGCCUCACUUCGUCUCUACAGAGUGUUCACAGCAAAACACGUUUGGUCUGUUUUUAGAUUCUUGAAGAAUUAAAUAGUCUUUCAUCAAGACGUUUAAUGUGUUUAAAGCUGGGAACCCAUUGGAAGUUCACAAGUGCUGCAUAUGCUGAGUAGCAAAAGAAAAUGGAAAAAAAAAUAUAAAAACCCCACAAAACUAACUUAAAAAAAAAAAAAAAAACAAAUUUGCCAAGGUUUAGCUGCUCAUUUAGUGUGUGUGCAUUCGAUCAGCCCCAUGGUGGUGAAUUUUGUUUCCUUUCCCUUCUUAAGGCUGGGAUACAGUGGGCAUCAGGGACUUUGUGCUAAGCCUGAUGAAAAUGUGUUUCUAAGGGCACAGAGCCCCUUCAGCCUCCAGGACAUCAUCUUAACACAGGGGGCCUCAGCUACCCUGAGGAGAGAGAUCAGAUUUUGUUUUUUGAAAUCGAUUGGGAUCUAAAGCCUGAAAAUAAAUAUUCAUACUUUACAUAGAA